AUGGCCUCUCCGCCUUUGAACCCCGUGGACGGUCACCCGUGCUCCCAGAUCCGCAUCGCGAGGCUGGCGUCUGUGUCCGGCGCCAAAGUUCGAUCCCCCACUGGGCCUCCUUGUCGUGGCGGCCGCUGGGCUGCCUGCCCCGCCAACCCCUCGAGGGGAACGUCCGGCGCUGUGAUUGCGGCGAUGGCGUCCGAAGAAGUCGACAAGUCGUCGCCGCAAGGCACGUCGGUCGGCAGUGCUCCACGUGCAGUAAUAUCCGUGUCCGACAAAACCGGACUCGAGGAGGUGGCAGAGGCUUUGUUUGCCGCCGGCUAUGACAUCGUGUCUACUGGUGGCACUGCAGCCGCGAUUCAAGCCGCUGGCCUACCUGUCACAUCAGUGGAACAGCUCACAGGAUUCCCAGAAAUGCUCGAUGGUCGAGUGAAGACACUGCAUCCAGCAGUGCACGGUGGGAUUCUGGCAAGGCGGGACAAUGCAGAUGAUAUGGACACGAUCCAGAGGCUUGGCAUACAGAAAAUUGAUGUGGUGAUAGUGAAUCUGUACCCAUUCAGAGAAACAGUGCUGUCAGAACCUGCACCCUCAUUUCAAACAGGGGUUGAGAAUAUCGACAUCGGCGGCCCUGCUAUGAUUCGAGCUGCAGCAAAAAACUUGGCGCAUGUUGCUGUCCUGGUGGAUCCCAAGGACUACAGGCACUUCAUCGAUGUCCUGAGCCGCGAACCCAAGGGGGAGGAAAUGGCUAACUUGAAAAAACAGUUGGCGUGGAAGGCAUUUCAGCAUUGUGCAGCCUAUGACGCUCAAGUCAGCGAGUGGCUCUGGUCACAAGUGGGUGAUGGCUUGUCGCCUCCUGCACUCGUGGUUCCAAUGCAGAGGGGUGCUUCACUGCGAUAUGGAGAGAAUCCCCAUCAGUCGGCAGCAUUCUAUAUGGACCAGAGCCUUGGCAAAUCUGGAAAAGGGGGACUGGCAACAGCUGUGCUGCACCAUGGCAAGGAGAUGUCAUACAAUAACUACUUGGAUGCUGAAGCAGCUUAUGCAGCUGUUUGCGACUUUCCAAAUGAGGCAUGUGUGAUUGUCAAACACACAAAUCCUUGCGGAGUUGGAAGCAAGCAAGAUUUGUGCAAAGCUUAUCGAUGUGCAGUUCAAGGUGAUCCUAUCAGUGCCUUCGGUGGGAUUGUUGCCUUCAACCGGACAGUGGAUGAAGCUCUUGCUCGGGAGAUUCGGGAGUUCAGGAGCCCAACCGAUGGAAGCACGAGAAUGUUUUAUGAAAUUGUGAUUGGCCCCAGCUAUACCCCUGAGGGUUUGAAAAUUUUGAAAGGCAAGUCAAAAACCUUGCGGAUAUUGGAGGCGAAGCCAAGGUUGCCAACAGGAAAUGCUCUCAGGCAAGUUUCUGGAGGUUGGCUGUACCAAGAGGAAGAUGCCCUGACACCAGACGAGAUCACCUUUACCAUUCAAUCAGAGGUACAUCCCACUGAACAGCAGCUUGACGACCUCAAGUUUGCAUGGAUCUGUGUUAAGCAUGUCAAGAGUAAUGCCAUUGCCAUUGCCAAGGAACAGCGCAUGUUGGGCAUGGGUAGUGGGCAGCCCAAUCGUGUCAAGAGUGUGGAGAUAGCGAUGGAGAAGGCAGCAUCAGACAUUAAGGGUGCUGUUCUGGCCAGUGAUGCUUUCUUUCCAUUCUCCUGGGGAGAUGCAGUUGAGAAGGCCUGCCAGGCGGGUGUAUCUGCGAUUGCCCACCCGGGUGGCAGCAUGAGGGAUCAAGAUGCUGUUGACUGCUGCAAUAAAUAUGGAGUAGCCUUGGUGACAACAGGUAUUAGGCAUUUCAGGCACUAG